AUGGCUUCUGAAGCAAAUAAAAUCAAUGAUGGCAUAGUUGCUGCCAGUGUCACCAAGGGUUGGCAAGGGUUGAUGGCCUUGACUAGUGAAUUUAAUGCAAAGGUAUUGAAUGUGAUGUCACAACUAAAGAAACUAGGAAAAGAAGAUCCUAGAAGGGUCGUUCAUGCUUUGAAAGUAGCACUUGCUAUCUCCUUAGUUUCCACAUUUUACUAUAUAAAGCCUCUUUACAAUGGCUUUGGUUCAUCUGCAAUGUGGGCUGUUUUCACUGUCAUUGUUGUAUCCGAAUUCUCUGUAGGAGCAACGCUUGGAAAAGGUUUGAAUAGAGGUUUAGCAACAUUUUUGGCUGGAGCUCUGGGGCUUGGAUUUUAUUACAUGGUGCAUUCAAUUUCAGCGGGAAAUAUAGUAGCACCCAUACUUCUUGGAACCUUAAUUUUUCUAACAACUGCAGGAGUCACGUAUAUUCGAUUUUUUCCUCAAAUGAAGGCGAGAUAUGAUUACGGGUUGCUGGUGUUUAUUUUGACAUUCUGUAUGGUGUCUGUGUCAAGCUACAGAGACCGUGAGAUCCUAGACAUUGCACUGAAAAGGGUAACCACAAUCCUCUCAGGUGGUUUAAUUUCCAUUUUAGUCAGCAUUUUCGUGUACCCUAUAUGGGCCGGUGGUGAUCUUCACAAUCUACAAUCACAAAAUAUUGAAAAACUUGGGAACUUUUUGGAAGAUUUUGGAGAGGAAUAUUUCGGAGGUGGAGAAUCAAAUAAAUCAUUUAUGCAAGGGUAUAAAAGUGUUCUUAAUUCAAAACAAGUUGAAGAAAACUUGGCUAAUUUUGCAAGGUGGGAACCCUGCCAUGGUAGUUUUAGAUUUCGUCAUCCUUGGCAACAAUAUCUAAAGAUUGGAAACCUCUCAAGGCAAUGUGCCUAUCGUAUUGAUGCCCUAUGUGGCUUUCUUAACUCUACUAAGACACCAUUAGAAAUCAGAAGCAAAAUAGAAGAGCCAUGCAUCAAGAUGAGCACAGAAACAGGGAAGGCUUUAAAGGAAUUAGCAGUGGCAAUGCAUAAAAUGGUUCCACCAUCAGCUGCAGACCCUCACAUUGCCAAAUCCAAGAUUGCUGCCACAAACCUCAGGUCCAUCAUCAAAACAGGAUUAUGGGAAGACACCAAUCUCUUUGAGGUUAUUCCUGUUCUUACUGUGGCUUCUCUGUUGGUUGAUGUGGUUUCUUAUACUGAGAAACUAGAAGAGUCAAUACAAGAACUAUCCACCCUAGCAAAAUUUAAGAACAAGGACGAUAAAGAGGACCCAAAGCGUCCUCAUCAAGAGGAAGCUCCAAAACCAUGUUGUUGUGACAACAUUGGGCUUCAUCAUGUUAUUACAAUCAACCAACCUUCUGCAGUAAACUUGUCACAUAAUGGAAAUUCCUAA